AUGGAAGAGGGGCACAAGAGCAGCAACAACAGCGCAGUGACGCCGUCCCCAGCACCAGCCGUACAAGGUACAACACUACAGGCAGCUCAGCUCUCUCAUAUUGCUCAACAGAUGUCGCUCCGAGGUCCCGCUCCCCUGACGGUUGUUCAGCUUCCUGGAGAACAGGUCCAGGUGCAGGGAGUCAUUCAGACAGCUCAGUCCUCCUCCGUCAUCCACUCGCCCCAGGUGCAGACCGUGCAGGUUUCUUCUUUGUCUGAGAGUGAAGAUUCUCAGGACUCAUCGGACAGCAUCGGCUCCUCGCAGAAAGCUCGCGGCAUCUUAGCUCGGCGCCCAUCUUACCGAAAAAUUUUGAAAGAUCUUUCUUCUGAAGAUACACGCGAUAGAAAAGGAGAUGAGGAGAGUCCCGGCGUCUCCACUGUUACAUCCAUGUCCGUUCCCACGCCUAUCUACCAGACCAGCACUGGACAGUACAUUGCCAUCGCUGCGAACGGCUUACAGCUGGCCAGCCCCGGUUCCGAUGGCGUGCAGGGGCUGCAGACGCUAACGAUGGCAAACGCUGGCGGGACCCAGCCGGGGACAACCAUCCUGCAGUACGCCCAGACCUCGGACGGUCAGCAGAUCCUCGUCCCCAGCAACCAGGUGGUCGUGCAGACUGCGUCAGGAGACAUGCAGACUUACCAGAUCCGCACCACGCCAACCACCACGUCCCUGCCGCAGACCGUGGUGAUGACAUCUCCCGUCACUCUGACAUCACAGACAAGUAAGACAGAUGAUCCGCAGCUGAAACGAGAAAUAAGGCUGAUGAAGAACAGAGAAGCUGCUCGAGAGUGCCGCAGAAAGAAGAAAGAGUACGUUAAAUGUCUGGAAAAUCGAGUUGCAGUCCUGGAAAAUCAGAACAAAACUCUAAUUGAAGAGUUAAAAACUUUGAAAGAUCUUUACUGUCAUAAAAGCGUGUAAGAAAAGAAGGUAAAACUUUUGUGGACUGUUUAAAUUUCAGAGGAGAAAUUUUUUUUUAUACUGAAUUUUUUAAACUAGAUGAAAGGUCAAAAAUGAAACUUUUCUACCUAGAUUUCACAACUUAAAGAC